AUGUCUGAUCAAUUCGAAUUCAUCAAGACCCCAGAGGCCCCUAUCCAGCCUCCACCUUCCAAGGAAUGUGGGAUUCUCACCACCAAUUCCCCAUCAAUUAAGAAUGCUCCAUUGCCAGCCGAUGGUCCAGGUUCCAAGAGUUUCUCUAACCUUCUUGUCUUUGGUACUAUCGCCGCCGUUCCAUGGUACAUCACCAGAAAAUUGGGCGGGGGGUUCAAGACCUGGUUAUUCUUCACCGUUUUGUUCUUCUUCCCAAUCCUCACAGGGUACUGGACCAUCGUUUCGACUUUCUCUCCAAGAAUCAAUGAAAAGGUCAAGUUGCCAGGUAAACCAAUUGAACACUACUUGACUUUCCACGAUGAAAAAUUGGCCGCCAAAUACCACGGUUCCAAGAUCCCUUGGGAAACUUUCCACGAAUUGUACUUUGAAAACAAGGUCAGCUUCAACGGUGAUUGUUUGGAUAUUUUGGAAUACAGACACGACUGGUGUACUUUCCAAUUCACCGUUUCUUUGUUCAGAUUCUUCUUGUUGGGAAUGAUUCCAGAAGUUAUCAUGCACACCAGAUCUCAAGAUGAAGAACAAGUCAGAGACCAUUAUGACAGAGGUGAUGAUUUCUACACCUGGUUCUUGGGUCCAAGAAUGAUUUAUACUUCCGGGGUGAUUUCUGACAUCACCAGAGAAGAAACUUUGGAAGAAUUGCAAGACAACAAGUUGAAGGUUGUUUGUGACAAGAUUGAUUUGCAAAAAGGCGAAAAGAUGUUGGAUUUGGGUUGUGGUUGGGGUACUUUGGCCACUUAUGCUUCUUACACCAGAGGGGCCCACGUCACCGGUAUCACUUUAGGUAAGAACCAAACCAAGUACGGUAAUGCCACUUUGGCCAAAUACGGGGUUUCUCCAGAUCAAUCGAGAAUCCUUUGUUCCGAUUACAGAGACACUCCAAUUCCAGAAGGUGGGUACGACAAGAUCACUUGUUUGGAAAUGUCCGAACACGUUGGGGUUAGAAAACUCGGGUCCUUCUUGCAACAAGUUAACGAUAUGUUGGCCGACGAUGGUAUUUUCUUCUUGCAAUACGCUGGGUUGAGAAAGUACUGGCAAUUCGAAGAUUUGAUCUGGGGUUUGUUCAUGAACAAGUACAUUUUCCCAGGUGCUGACGCUUCCACUCCAUUGGACUUCUACGUCGGUAAGUUGGAAGCCAACGGUUUCGAAGUCGUUUCCAUUGAUAACAUCGGGGUCCACUACUCUGCUACUUUGUGGAAAUGGUACAGAAACUGGAUGGGUAACAAGGACAAGGUCGUCAACAAGUACGGGAUCAGAUGGUUCAGAAUUUGGGAAUUCUUCUUGGCUUCUUCCACCAUCAUUUCCAGACAAGGUUCUGCCACUUGUUACCAAAUUGUUUUGAGAAAGAACAUUAACUCCUACCACAGAGUCAACUACAUUCCAAAACAAACCGGUUUGCAAGGGGUUAUUCAUGAUGGUAAGCCAAACAGCUGGUGGAAAUGA